CAGAGCGAGCAGCGGCUGAGGGAGAGUGUGUGAGUGAGAGGCGCAGAGAGGGAGGAGCGGCGGCGGCGGCGGCGGGGUGAGUUAGCUAACGCUAACUAACCUGGCUAACUAGCAAACACCACCGGUCACCACUCACACGGGAAGUGAUAAAGGAGCUAUUUGGUGUAAAAUGGGGGACGAUCGACCUUUCGUGUGUUCUGCCCCUGGAUGUGGACAGCGGUUUACCAAUGAAGAUCACUUGGCUGUACAUAAACACAAACAUGAGAUGACUCUGAAGUUUGGACAGACCAGAACUGACACGGUUAUAAUUGCAGAUCAGACACCCACUCCCACCCGUUUUUUGAAGAACUGUGAGGAAGUGGGUUUGUUCAGUGAGCUUGAUGGCUCCUUUGAACAGGAGCUCCGCAAAACUCAGCAGGAAGAGGAGGAGAGGAGAGCCAAGACUGCGCUUUCUGCUCUUCAAAUUCCCUCUGAAAUGGAGAGGGAUGGACCUCUGGAGAUUGACUCCUCCCCUCCUGACAGCCCCUCAUCUUCUUCCAGUAUGACGGACAGCAAAGACUCGGUCACUAUGACAAAGGAGCCGGUUGCAUUGAGGAAGACUAAGGAUAUGCCUACACGGACAACAGCAAGCUCUGCACCAACACCAACAAUAGUGCGACCAGGGUCUCUUCCUCUUCACCUAGGAUACGAUUCCUGUAUGAACCCAACUCAGCCCUCACCUACUUCUGUCAUCACAAGGACCCCUCCCUCCAACAGACUCAGCUCUCCGUCUGGCUCCUUUCCUGUAAUGAUGCAACUUCCAAAUGGUCAGACUGUUCCCCUACUUCCAAGUCCUGGACAAACAUCAGUCAUAUCAUUGGCCAGGUCAUCAAACCCAGUACCCAACAUCCCUGGGAUUCCAGGCCCUCCUAUUGGUGGAAGCAGCAGUGGCUCCUCCUCUCCAUCUGGAUACAGCUCACAUAGCGAUGCCAAGAUGAGGCUUAAAGCAGCACUGUCACCACAGAGUGUUAGUGGCCCAUUGCCAACCCAGAAAACAGAACCCAAUGAGACACCUUCACCGGCUCAGCCACAGGUGUCUCCAGCUCCACCCAGAGGUGGGCGCAGACGUCGGGGGGCAGAGACGGAGCCUGAUGAGCGUAGACGCCGUUUUCUAGAAAGGAACAGAGCUGCUGCGUAUCGCUGUCGGCAGAAACGCAAAGUAUGGGUCAAUGCUCUGGAGAAGCGUGCAGAGGAUCUCGCCACAAAUAAUGUUACCCUCACGAAUGAAGUAUCUCUGUUAAGGGGAGAGGUGACACGUUUGAAAGAGUUGCUGCUGGCUCAUAAGGACUGCCCGGUCACUGCCAUGCAGAAAAAAGCCUACCUAGCUGCAGGUGUUGAUGAGAGUGCAGUGUCAGCCCUGGUGUUGCCAGUUUCAGUUCCUGCUCCAGUAUCUGUGAAUGGUUUGAGCGUGAGGGCUGCGGAGGCUGUGGCUGUUUUAGCCGGAAUGGGCUCUGGCCAGUGGAGCAGUCCAGCUGGAGAUGUGCCGUCCCAGUCACAGCCUACCUCCAGAUGAUGACCAUGUACUUCAAGCCUGUGAGGACUGGGCGUCUGUGUGAGGAGGUGGGCUUGUUGCAGGAGUCCAAUGUCCGAUCUCUUCCCACCGGAACUGUUAGUCACAGUGUGUUUGUAAAUGCCCUUCAUAUGUGGCAAAUGGGAACAAUUAUCACUAUGACCUGACCACACUCAGCUCCUUACCCUCAGAGUACGUAUCACGGUUUCUCCUGUUACUAUAGGCCACUGUAGCUAGAGAUUGCAUUUUUUUUUAUAUAUAAAAAAAAAACCUUCCCUCCCCCUCUUCUUUCCCCAUCUUCUUGGACUAAGUGGCCUGAGUGUGUGACCUGUCACAGGAUGUCGCUGGCAGACUAUACAGAUUGGAUCACACUGCAGUAGAAAACCUGUAAAGACUCACUGUGUUCUUUCACUCCCGUGUACACAGAGAUAGAGUACUUAUGCACGCUUGUGCAGUGUUGUGCUCACUUGAUAUUUUGCCGUUUGCAGGUAUUGCUCUAUUUGUUUUUAGUCUCCGCAUUGAAAUACUGUUUUUUUUUUCUUUCUAAAUAUUUGACUGCAUGAUUCAAACCACGUAAGGCAGAAUAGCACCACAAUAUGCAGACACUUUACGCUUACAGUCGCUCUUUCUAAUACUUUCACUUUCUCUCUUUCUUUUCUCUCAGUGUCUUGGUAAACCUAAAUCAUUUCUCUCAGGUCUCUCCUGCUCUGUGGCUGUGGUCGUCAGUGGAACUCUUUGCCUAUUAUUAGUAUAACUGAAAGCCACAGGAUAGGCUUGUCUGGAGAUGAAGAGCAAUAUAUUUUUCUAUUUGAAUGUGCGUAUCAGUCUGCAUUUUGCGGUCUAUGUAUGAGAUGUACGGGUAGCAUAACCAUAAACAAGUGUGUGAUUGUUUUCUGUUGCAUCGCAUUUUUUUUCCUUUAAUUAAGAAGCCAACAUAAGUACUUUGCAUUAGAGGUUGUACUCAAAUGUUUUUGGAUAUUGAGUCUCCAAAGUGGGCACCUGCGCAUACACACAUGCACCAACAAUAUCCCACUGCUUGCAUUUUAGCGAUGGGUUCUGUGUUUUGUGUAUCAUUGAUGUGUUGUAUGUGUGCAAGAAUGUGAGGCCUUUGGUUAUUGAUGCUCCUUUUUUUUAAAAUAGCCUUUCCUUUUUAAAGGGGAAGGGAAUGCUAUCAUGUAUCACAAUGCUUAGUACACCAGGAUUUGAUCUCUUAGUAAUGGAAAGGGGUCCUCUCCAUUGAGCCUUUGUCAUUGAAUGUUUGUAUAUGGCUUGUGUAGUGACUGAAAACCCCACACUUAUGCACAGUGUCAAAACGCCCCUCUUUUCAGUCCUAUUUUGAUGAUAUCAUUCAAACUACUAAUCAUUAUGAUUGCAGUUACGUUUGUUGCCUUGGUAUAAUUCCAUCCUGACUGUACUGUUUUGUUUAUGUUCCCAUCCCUGUUUUUUGUUUUAUUUUUGUGUGUUUGUUUGUUUUUGUUUUUUUUAUUUGUUUACUUUUCAUGGAUUACUUCUCCUCUGCAGUCAUAUCAGUCUCUGUGAGGCCUACCUAUUCCUGUCUGGUGGUGUGCUUUCUCACCUGCAGCAGUGCAUUGUGAAAGAGGAGCUUUUCUCAGUGUGUAUCACUAACUGAUCCGAAAGUGUGCAACUUGUCAGAAGAACCCUUUAACUAGAGCUGUAAAUAUCACUAAAUAUAGAAUAUGCCGAUAUAUGUCCAAGCAUUGCUGUCUGUACUAUAUUAACUAAAUGAGAUGGUCCUGAAGAUAUAUUGUAAUAAUUAAACAUUAAUGGAAAUCA